AUGCGUAGGAGCCGAUCACUGCUGGCUGAUGACACACAACUGGAAGUCGGAGCAGCAAGUCUUCAAGGCUCAAAUCACACAGCUGUCCAUGAGCUGAAGGGGUCGCACACUACUCGGACAAGACAUACGCAAAAGAGUGAUUCUGAACAGGAACAGGAACCUCCCUCUAAACAAACAAAGAUGUUACAAAAACACCGUCUGAAAAGGACCAAGACGAGAACCAAGAAACGUCAUGCUCCCAGGCCAAAGAGGACAACAGGAACCGGUUGUCUGAGCGUGUGUCAAAACGCUGUCAACAAAUGGAUUCCCUGUGUUUCUAAGGCGUUUCGCGACGAGAGGGAGUCUGAAGCGGAACAAGAAUCGACCAGUUCAGAAAGCCAAAUUGAAGUGUCCAGAACGCAGACGGAGGACGAGGAUUCACCAGAUCUGCUUCUUACUGCAUCCACUCUCAACAUAGGAUCACAAUCCCAGGACUAUAUCGAGGUUUUGGACAAGGAAAGCCUCGAAGUGAAGCAUGAAGUCAUAAGGGAAAUUAAACAAAAGUAUGGUGUGGUCAAGAAUUUGGCCGAAGGAGGCAACGGCAUCGUCUUUUCGGCGAACCGCGUUCAAGACAACUUUCCUGUGAUUGUCAAAGUAAUCCCCAGAAAUAUUGUUCCCUUUUUGAGAGUGAGGACGAAGAGGAGAGUGGUGAAGAUCCCUCGGGAGGUCUACAUGCUGGUCCGGGUCGGGGCUGGUCCUGACUCGGCUGGGUCCAUAGUCACCCCCAGACUCCUGGACUGGUACGACAGUGGAGAAGCCAUCAUCCUGGUGAUCGAGAGACCAAUGCCCUGUGUGGAUCUACUCGAGUACGUGAGGUCGGACUCAAGAGACGGUCUGGACUUGGAGGAAAGUUCCAAGAUCAUAUUCCGUCAGUUGUUGGACGCGGCGAUGGAGAUGGAGGCCAGAGGAGUUUUCCACAGGGACAUUAAACCCUGUAAUGUUCUGAUCGAGACUCGAGACGAUGAGCUCAGGGCCCGGUUCAUAGACUUCGGUCACGCCAAGCUCUCCACACCAAACCGGACGUUUGACAUUCCUCAAGGCACCACGGCCUUUUCCAGCCCAGAGUGGUUCCGGCAGGAACCGUACACAGCGAGGCAGGCGACUGUGUGGCAGAUGGGCUGCGUGCUCUUCAUCCUCCUCUUCAGGAAACAGCCUCUUGUCUCUGAGCACAGCAUCAGCUCCUCGAGGGCGGUCCCCAUCCCCAACACCGUCUCUCCAGAAUGCAAGGACUUCCUGAGGUGCUGCCUGAACAAGGAUUCUGAACAGAGAAUGAGUCUGGAAGAUCUGAGGAACCACCCAUGGAUGCUCUGA